CCACAUCACAAGACAAUGAUAAGUUCUUCAUGGGGAGCUCCAUCAGCUUUUUUAGAAGGUUUCAACCUUCAACAUGUUUUGGAUGGUCUAUAUGGAAGACACUUGCAUGUGUACAGCUGGCCUGAAUGUGAACUGAAGCAAACAUUGUACCUAAGAAGUUCAGGACUUAUACCAUUGGAGAUUAGGUUCCUCCAUGAUCCUUCGAAGGACACUGGGUUUGUUGGAUGUGCUUUGAGCAGCAAUAUGGUGAGAUUUUAUAAGAAUCCAGAUGGCUUAUGGAGCCAUGAGGUUGCGAUAUCCGUAAAGCCAUUGAAGGUCAAAAACUGGAUUCUUCCUGAAAUGCCAGGGCUCAUAACUGAUUUUCUCAUCUCUUUGGAUGAUUGAUUCCUUUACUUUGUGAACUAGUUGCAUGGAGAUGUGAGGCAAUAUAACAUUAAAGACCCAUCAAAGCCUAUAUUGGCAGGACAAGUUUGGGUGGGCGGCCUCCUUCAGAACGGUAGCCAGGUCAUUGCUGAGACAGAAGAUGGAAACGAAUUCCAAUUCGAUGUCCCAGCUAUUCAAGGCAACCAACUGAGAGGAGGGCCACAGAUGAUACAGUUGAGCUUGGACGGCAAGAGACUCUACGUGACAAACUCGCUUUUAGCUUAUGGGAUCGACAGUUCUAUCCCGAACUUGUAGAGAGAGGCUCUCAUAUGUUACAGAUCGAUUUUGACUCCAACAAAGGUGGGCUUUCUUUAAAUCCCAACUUCUAUGUGGACUUUGGAGCUGAAUCGGAUAGGCCAUGUUUGGCUCAUGAGAUGAGAUACCCAGGUGGAGACUGUACUUCUGACAUAUGGGUUUGAGGGACAAAGUCUAAGAACGAUAUCCUUGUGUUUACAUAAGAUAAUAACCCAAUGUUGCAAAAUCAGAUUUCCACUUAGAAUAAGCUUCAAAAUGUGUAAAACCUCUUUUUCCUCGUGUUGUCUUGUA